AUGCAGCAACGCUCACAGCAGCAGCAGCAGCAGCAGCAGCAGCAGCAGCAGCAGCAGGAGGAUGCUCUCCACUCCCUGCACCCCCCUCACUACUACCCCAACCACCGCCACCACCAGCAUCAACUCGCUUUUGUAACAGAAAACAAACGAAGAGCUCUUGCUGCUAUUCAUGCUGCCUUCAAGCAGCCAGAGACAGUGGAGCCAGAGGCAGCAGCAGCAGACAGCUGGAGCAGCAGCAGCAGCAGCAGCAACAGCAACAGCAGCAGCAGCAGCAGCAGCAGGGCAGCAGAGCUUGCAGCAAUGAUAGACUUUCAGCUGUCUCUUCUCUAUCUUACUGGUUCUUUGCUGCAGCAGAAGGAGGAGCUGCUGCAGCGGACGCGUGACCAGGCAAGCCUGCACCUCAGCAGCAGCAGCAGCAGCAGCAGCAGCAACAGCAGCAGCAGCAGCAGCAGCAGCAGGAGUGUUGUCUUGUGCUGUGUUUUGCUUCUCUCAGAUGCAUGCAAAUGCACAGCAAUGGGGGCUUCGCCUCAACGCCCAGAGAAGCAGAAUAAAUACCCUCGAAGAGGUGCAGCAGCAGCAGCAGCAGCAGCAGCAGCAGCAGCAGCAGCAGCAGCAGGAACGCUGCAGCAGCUGCAGCAGCAACUCGAUGCAGCAGAGCAGCAAACCCGCAAGGCCCAGCAAUCAUCAGCAACACAGGGUAGCAGCAGCAGCAGCAGCAAUACGUGCUCCGAGGGGCUGAUGCAUGGGGUCUCUCGCCGGCUGCUGGAGGAGACAGCAGAACUAAACAGAAGGAUAGACGAAGGCGCACAAGAAAGAGACAGGCUGCAGCGAGAGAUUGCUGCUCUUAAGGCCCUUCUUCACUCUGCUGCUGCACAGCCAACAGACAAUUCAGUAAGCAGCAGCAGCAGCAGCAGCAGCAGCAGCAAGAGCAGCAGCAAGGACGACAGCAGCAGCAGCUGUCUGCCUGCUGCUCCCUCGGAUGAAUGCAGCAACAAGAAAAACAGCAGCAGCAGCAGCAGCAGCAGCAGCAGCGGCAGCAGCAGCAACAGAGCCUUCUUCGGUUUGCGUAUGAAUUGGAGGAGACAAAUUGCGGGGUCAACAAUUCCUUCCUUACGACGCAGCUCGAUUGCUGCUGCUGCUGCUGCUGCUGCUGCUGAUGCUGCUGCUGCUGCUGCUGAUGCUGGCGGUGGCGGUGGUGGUGGCUCAGCUGCUGAUGCAGCAGCGACUGCGCCUGCAGCAGCACAGUGUACUUCUGCUGCUGCUGCUGCUGCUGCUCCUCUUGAGACAUCUCUGCAUGCAGGCGACAAUGGCCUACAGCAGCAACAGCAGCAGCAGCAGCAGCAGCAGCAGCAGCAGCAGCAGCAACGACGACGACAGCAGCAGAAACAGAAGACGCUUCAGGAGGAGCUGUCUGAGGCGGCUCUCUCCAGCUGCAGCAAUCGAUCUAUGCUGCGCAUGCAACCCCGCCAUGCUGCUGCUGCUGCUGCUGCUGCCGGUGCUGCUGCUGCUGCACACGCCGCUGUGACUGACAGCAGCAGCAGCGGCGACAGCAGCAGCCUAAGGGAGAAGAACUGCAGCAGCAGCAGCAGCAGCAGCAGCAGUGGAGUUGCAUGCAGCAGCACAGAAAAGGCAGCAGUGCCAUCGAAGCGGCAUCGUCGUGGCCGUUUGCUGCUGCUGUUGUUGCUGCUGCUGCUGCUGCUGCCGGUGCUGCUGCUGCUGCUGCUGCUGCAGCAGGGGGGCCCCGAGCUGCUGGAAGACUGCCGCAGCACAGCUAAGGCUGUCUGCUGCAGCGGGUUGGUUGCGUUGAUGGGUACUGGGGGCCCCCUUGUUCUCUCCUUGUCUUGGGGGCCCCCGUCGAUACGAAAGCUGCUGCUGCGAGCUGCUGUUGCAUGCAUGGCGCAGCAGCAAGCAGCAGCAGACAACAGAGAAGCAGCGCUAGACAGAUAUAUUGAGGCCUUCGCCCACGCAGCUACGGGGGAUGCAACCUCCAUACAAAACGAAGGGCUGCAACACAGCUAG